AUGGUUUAUCUAGCACCACCUACAAACAAGGGGCCUUUGCCUCCCCUCACAAGGCCACGAUCCUCUAGCAAUUCAUCUACAUCAUCAUCAUCCUCCUCACUAAAAGUCCCUCGAACACCACGAUUUGCCGAAGCUACUACUGUAUAUUCUCCUGUAGAUGAUAAGAGAUCACCAUUUGCAGAUCCUCCAAAAACAGCAGAUUCAUACGCUUCAAAAACACAAGCAUACAUGGCACAAUCACAACCUUCUGAUAUUGGCUUCGGCUACAUAUCAGAAAAUAGACAAUCCCAAGGAGUUCCGAUCGAGAUGCCACUUACUCCAUCAUCACCAUUAAAGAGUGCGUUAAAAGUUCCUGGUACACCAGGGAGGAUGAUGAAUCCAUUGAGUCCGACGUUCCGGGAAGAGCAAAUUUUGGAAAAGCAUGAAGAAAUGACCGAAAUUGAACAAGCCAAAGAUUUAAAAAUCAAAACUAGAGUCAGGGUAGCCAAGUUACUAUUACGAUUUGUAAACUUUAGCUGCAGUUUAAUCGUCCUCUCCAUGGUUGCUACCACUUUUAGCAUCUUCGAAGCAACAAAAUCAUUACCAGCUCGAAAUAAUCUUCCUCCAUGGGCAGAUGGUACCAAAACUUGGCCUCAAAAAGUCGUUCUUGCUAUCUCAUCUGUAUCACUCGCACUUUGUGUACUCAUUCUCUACAAUUAUUGGAAAGGAGGACAUAAACGUGCGGAGAAGGUUGCAGUUUAUUAUACUCUCUUUGCAGUCGCAUACUUUAUCUUCAGUACGAUUAUGUGGGGUAUAGCAGCUGGCAUUUUACAAGGUGUAAGAACUACUGGGAAUAAUAAGGAUAUUUGGGGUUGGUCAUGUGUCGAUAAUAAGAGACGACAAUUAUUUCAGGAAAAGAUUGAUUAUGCUUUGGUUUGUCGAAUUCAAUCUUGGUCCCUCGUAUGCUGUAUAAUAGAAAUCGUCCUCGAAUCCCUCACAAUCGCCAUCUACAGCGUCGUCUUCUACCGAUACUACUCCAAACAACGACUUCGCAAAUCCAUGGCCAUUCGCGACCGUGCACGUUCGGAUCUCUACCUUGCCCAACUCCGCAGUCAAUCCGCACCCAACACUCCCGGUUUCGGUCCUCUCAGUCCCUCUUACUCCCAAUAUGCCAAAUCUCCCCGAUUCCCUCCAAGCGUAUAUCAAAGUUCCCCAGAUCUCGAAGAAGGAAAUGGAAUUGGAACGAGAUUCGUAGAGGCAAAACCCGGAAUGAAUACUGCUAAACCAUUCACCUUACAAGCUCCUCCUAUUAGAGUACAAAAUGCAACACCGAAACUUAACCAAGGGGGUUUCGAACCCCAGACUCAGACUCCUUCUCCUUCUCCCCCACCCCCGCCUCCUCAACAAUAUCAACAGCAGAGAGUGGUUGAACAUGUACAGGCGGCACCAGGUGAACAAACUUAUGCCAGUGUACCUAUUCCCGGUGCAUACGCAAAUCCACUUUCGAAUCAGGGGGUACAAUAA